UCCUGCUGGCCCAGCUGGAGAAGCUGGACAAGGAGAUUGUGAAGACACAGAAUGAAAGUGUCAGUGAAGUAUCUGAGGAAAUUUCCUGUCUUGGUAACCUGAUCAGUGAGAUGGAGGGGAAAUGUCAGAAGCCAGUGACUGAAUUGUUGCAGGAUGUCAGAAGCACUUGGAGCAGGUCUGCGAAGGGGAAGUUCCAGCAGCCAGAGGAGAUUUCUCCUAAAUUAGAAUUAAGACUCAGUGAUUUCUCCCAGAAAACUGUUGCUCUAAUGGAGACUCUCAGGAAGUUCAAAGACACUCUGCCAUCUGCACUAGAGACAAAAAGAGGAGAAUCCCUAGGAACUUUCAGACAGGCGCAUGUGACUCUGGAUCCAGACACGGCUCAUCCCCAACUUGUCCUGUCUGAGGAUCGGAAAAGUUCUCAAAGAUGGGAGGAAGAACCCCUGGGGCUGCAGAGGGGCCCUGAAGGGCUGAUGUGA